AAUGUCUCACCAGUUUUAAGAGUGCCCCGCUUGGGCUAUAAUCAUUGGAGUAGCUCGGAUAACGAUGGCUCCACAAGAUUCCUCUCCUUCGUCAAGUCUUCCUCCUUUCAUUUCCCCUACCACAGCUGCUACCAGAUUCAGUGAUGGCCGGAGGUACAACGCCGGUGGAGUCGUCUUCUCGGCCGGCUGGCAACCGGGCGAAGGAGGAGGAGGUGGUGUCCUGUGCUCCGCGUCCUCCUAGGGUUGGGGAUUAUCUCGGAAGGCAUCGUCUUUCUGCCGCCAUUGGCCGCCUUCAUCAGGAGAUCCAAUCACUAGAAUCAGAGUUAGAAGAACUGGAUAAGAUGGAGCCAUCUUCUGCUUGCGAGGAUCUUCUCUCUUCCAUGGAAGCAAUACCAGAUGCUCUCCUUCCCAUCACCAAAGGACCUGAGAAUUCUGCCUGGGAGAGAUGGUUUCAGCCGGUCCGAAGCCCGCGGAACCGGAAAUGGUGGAGCAACAGAUACUCACAUUUUGCUUGAGCGUUGGAACUCUGAUUUGUUCAGGCUAAAAUUACAGUGUCAGCUCUGUUCUACUUGUGCUUCAUCUUAUGUUUAUAAAACUUCAGAUUGUAUUCUGUACUGUUUAAGUUUGAUGGGAUACCUUUUAUAAAGACAGCAAAUGUUGCAUUGAAAAUUGAAUCUUUCUAUCUUUGAUUGUUAUAUGGUAGCAGAUAUGGUUUGUUGUGAUA